AUUAUUUUGCUACGUAUAAAUAAUGUCUGAGAAUAGUCAUCUGAGUAAAGGACAAAGGUUUUACAACAUUAAAGAUGUUAAUAAUACUAUUGAAAAUCUGGAAAAGGUACUAAACUGUGAAAUUACAAGAGGUAACACAAAAAAGCUUAAUGGAAAUGAUGAUGAAUUAAAAGAGCGUUUGUACUAUGAAUAUGUAAUAUUUCAAUGUCCAAAAUCUGGAUUUCCGGACAGUAAAGUUGAAGAAAAAAAUAGAAAAAGAAAGAGAGAGUCAGCAAAGACGAACUGUCCCUUUCAAAUACAUCUGAAGCUAGCAUCAAAAAGAAAGGCCAAAGGAGAAUCACAAUACCUAUAUGUUGAGUCAUGGAGCUUCGAACAUAAACAUGAUCCAAUAGUAACCCAGUAA